CCAGAGCUGCACUUGACAAUGCCGAGGUCAGCGAUGAGCUGCAACAGAAGACUUCUUCGGGCCGGACCGCCGCUUGUUAGGACUAUCAGGGCUGUCAGGAAGCAAGGACACUGGCACUGUCUUGAAGGACUCGGGAAGAUCAGGAGUCAGACCGCCCGUGUCAAUGAGUGAUAGCCUCCAUACUCCCAUUUGUAGAUAAAACCCGACGGUGUCGAUCUAGCUCAUAGCUACUGCCCUUGACCAACGCUCACUCUGUCCAACAUGACGUCUCCAAUCACUCUGCGGGUGUUGGCUCAGCUCAUCCUGUUCUGUUCCAUCGCCUUCAGCGUCAACACCACUGCCUCUCCAGCAAUUUCAUCCUUGCCGCUUCAGAGCAGAGGAGCAGUCAACACAACGUCUUUACAUGCCUGCGCCGCGCUCAGCUUGUCCUCCUCGGCCUCUAGCCUCGUCGUGACCCCCUUUACCUUCUUCGACUUGGCGGACCAGCACUACAUGAUCACUUCCUCCCAAGUGUCCACUUGCACUGUCCAGCCGGCCACUGCUCAAGACCUCGCAGCGACGCUCAAAACUAUUGCGGCAAAGCGGGCCAAGUUCGCAGUGGUGGCAGGUGGCCACACUGGCAACCAGGGUUUUUCCAGCACAGAUGGCGUGCUUAUCUCAUUGGAGAAGUUCAAUGAGAUUAGUCUGGACAAGAACACGCAGCAGGUUACUUAUGGUGCAGGUGUCACAUGGGAUACAGUCUACAACACUCUGGAGGGCACAGGCUACAAUGUCGUCGGCGGUCGAGUGGCAGGUGUUGGGGUGGGAGGCUAUCACACAGGAGGCGGAGGCUACAGCUGGCUGAGCAAUCAAUUCGGUCUAGCAGCAGACAAUCUCAUCUCGGUGGACAUGGUGCUGCCCAAUGGAACCCUCGCAACGGCGAGCGAGUCCAACAAUGCCGAUCUCUUUUGGGCAAUCCGCGGUGGAGGCAAUCGCUUUGGCAUCGUGUAUUCGUUCACCGUCAAGGCUCAUCCUCAACCUGCCCAGGUCUAUGGAGGCUAUCGUAUCGCUAUCGGCGAUGCCAAUGUCCAGAAGGUGAUCUCUGCUACUGCCAAGUUUGCCGCCAACAACACUGCAUCUGCUGCUCAGAUCAUUACUACCUUGAACAGCGAGCUGGGCAUACCUAGGGCCAUCGUCUUGGCCUACUACCCAGGCACCUCAGCUCCUGCCGGUAGCUUGGAUGCAUUCGACGGUAUCAGUUGGCUGAUCGAUGGAUGGAAGGUGCAAACUUUCUCCAGUCUUGUGAGCUCCAUUCCCUCGAACUUGCAAAAAGGCCAGCGCGGCGGCUUUGAAUCCUUCGCAGUCAAGACGCUCUCUGUGCCGAUGCUCCAGUACAUAGCCAAGACCGUUGCAACACUAGGGAAGAGCCAUUCUGCAACCCUGACAUCGAUUGAGGUAGAGCCGUUUGCCUCGACUCUUCCUGGUAUGGCCAAGAGCGCCGCUUGGGACCACUCUUCGAACGCGUGGCCCCAGGCCAUCUACUUUGCCUGGACUAGCUCAGCCGAUGAUGUCUACUGGCGCAAGCAGCUGGUAGACCUUGGCAAGACGCUCACAGCCAUGGCUCAAGCUGAAGGACAAGACUUGAGCGAUGCAUACCUCUAUCCGAAUUACGCUGGCGCGGGCACUGCACUGAGUGCUAUGUACCCGCCGGAGAACCUUGCGAGGUUGAAAACCCUGCGGGCCGAAAUUGAUCCACAGAAUGUUAUGGGGCUCACCACCUGGUUUGACUUCUGAGACAGCCCUUCAAAGUCGGCAAGAGGAGAGGUGAGGAGAGUCAUUGUCUUGACCGAUGCGAACAUGCGUACUUCCUGUAUACCGUGCGAAUCUCUCCGCCGGCUUUAUGGUCGUUCUUGAAUGUGGACUGCGAUAGGUGCCGUAUGUUAUAGUCUGUUGCUACUUCGAGU